UUUCUUAUUUCUUAUUUCUUUUUUAAAAUGAAAGAAGAGAAUAUAGGUGUCAUGUCAGAAAAGAAUGUUCCAAGACCAUCAUCAUAUUCUCCGCUUGCGUUACAGACAAAACCAUUUCAUCACUUGCCAUUAAGAAAACGACCACCGAUGGAAGGUACAUUCAAGAAACACCAUGUAGAAACACAAUGGCAUCAGACAUCAACAUACCCACCAGGAUCUUCUAAUAACUCACACUCGGCAAGUAUGUCAUCAUUUAAAAAGACGCCCUUAAAGAAAGCAUAUCCUUAUUUUAAAAGCAAACCCGUCUAUUCACCCAACAAGAAUCAAAUCAUUAACCCAUUAUUCAAUCCUGUUCACUACCAAGCAACUGAACAAGUCAUUCAUUCAUUUAAAGCAGCUUGGCUGCAUUCCAAUGAAACAAAGAAACCAGCUGCUAUCAAAAAGACUUCUGCAGAUCAAAAAAAGACCACUUCUAAAUCGCAUGUGGAUGGAAAGAAGUACUGUGUUUGUCAAACAUGUUAUGAUGCCACCAAAUUCAUGAUUGCCUGUGACCGAUGUGAUGAUUGGUUUCAUGGUGAAUGUAUUGGUAUUGAUGAAAAAGAAAGUGAAUUUAUUGAUCUUUACUUUUGUGAUACCUGUUGGCAGGUGACUGGUAAAAAGACCUCUUGGAAGCCUACGUGUGCUAAUCCCAACUGCCUUAAGCCAGCCAAUUCAGGUCACCUAUCAAAAUAUUGCUCAGAUUCAUGCGGAUUGCAGGUUGCACGAGCUCGGUUAGAAUGGAUUGAAAUCAAACGGCGAAACCACUCUAUACCAAUCGCUGAAUUCUGUUUAGCCAGACAAAGACAGCUUCGUAUUCAUUCUUUUGCAGACAGACAAGAUCGACAGAGACUAGUGGAGAUUCGACAAGAAGCGGCUGGUAUCAGAGAUAAAUUAGAGCUACUAAACACCAAGAAGAGCAUAGCGGCGUCUAACACAACCCUAUGUGGAUUUGAUUCACGGUUCAUGUGGCCUGAUGCACUCUGGAAAUCUCCGCCAUCAUUUACUGUAUGUCAAGGAGAACAUUGUACUCUACAUCCUCAAUGGCAAGAACUUAUGCUACUUGUACUUGUAAAAGAAAAAAACGACUUGUGUGAUCAGUUGGUCAGGCUGGAAAAAGAAAAGAAUCAAAUCAAGGCAAGAAUGAGAAAGAGGCGCCAUGACCAAGACCAUCUCCUGAAUACCACACUGGAAAUUUAAAGUU